GCGCCGGUUUGUGAGUCAUCGCCUCUCAGACAGUCGCAGUGGUUGGACAAUUUUCUUAGGGAGCCUGUAGUCGCUACUGGAAAUAUCUGGACCCAAGACUUUCUCUCUAACUGCCUGACAGGAUUGAGAUGUUACAUUUUAGGUUCUCGACAGUGCUGAAGGAGUUGUUUGAAGCCACCCUCAAGCGUCCCUUGCCCGGCUCUAUACAGAAGACCUGGUUACCGACCCACCGCUGCUGCUUCGGCACCGCCUCCGUUGAUUUCAGAGCCGCGUCCACUCAACUGAAGGUUCUCCAUGCCGCCGCGCAACGCACCGCGCUCUGCGCCGCGCCAUUCCGCUCAUACUGCGCGAAAACCGAAGGCGCCGUGGAGCUGGACGCUGAACAGCUGAAGAAGGAUGGAGUCAGCGGUGAAGCAGCCAGUGACAAGAGAAGAAACGUAGGUAUUCUCCCCAGUCUGGAGGAUUUGCUCUUCUAUACAGUCGCUGAAGGUCAAGAGAAGAUUCCUGCUCAUAAAUUUCUCACAGCUCUUAAAGCCACUGGGCUUCGCAGUGGAGAUCCACGACUGAAGGAAUGCAUGGAAACCCUCAAAGAAACUUUAAAGAACACAUCAGAUGGCGUUACGCUGGACAGGCACCUAUUCAAGAAGUGUGUCCAGAGCAACAUUGUCCUGCUCACUCAGGCCUUCCGCAAGAAGUUCGUCAUCCCAGACUUCCAGUCCUUCUCCUCCCAUAUUGAUGAACUGUAUGAGAGUGCCAAAAAUCUCUCUGGAGGACAGGUUGCAGACUACAUUCCUCAGCUUGCCAAAUUCAACCCUGACCUGUGGGCCGUCUCUCUGUGCACGGUUGACGGACAGAGACACACCGUAGGAGACACCAAGGUCCCCUUCUGUCUGCAGUCCUGUGUCAAACCGCUGAAAUACGCCGUCGCCGUUCAUGACCACGGCACAGAGUAUGUGCACAGUUUCAUCGGGAAGGAGCCCAGUGGCCUACGUUUCAAUAAGCUCUUCCUGAAUGAAGACGAUAAGCCCCACAACCCGAUGGUGAAUGCCGGCGCUAUCGUUUGUACUUCACUGAUAAAGCAAGGUGCAGGCAACGCAGAAAAAUUUGACUAUGUCAUGAACUUCCUGAAAAAGAUGGCGGGAAACGAGUACGUUGGUUUCAGCAAUGCCACAUUCCAGUCGGAGCGUGAGUCAGGAGACAGGAACUUUGCCAUCGGCUACUACCUGAAAGAAAAAAAGUGUUUCCCAGAAGGGACAGAUAUGACGUCUGUACUGGACUUCUACUUUCAACUCUGCUCCAUCGAGGUGACCUGCGAGAGCGCCAGCGUCAUGGCAGCCACCCUGGCUAACGGCGGUAUCUGCCCAAUCACGGGCGAGCGUGUGCUGAGCCCCGAGGCGGUGAGGAACACCUUGAGUCUCAUGCACUCCUGCGGCAUGUACGACUUCUCGGGACAGUUCGCCUUCCAUGUCGGCCUGCCGGCCAAGUCUGGAGUGGCAGGAGGGAUCCUGCUGGUUGUUCCCAACGUGAUGGGUAUUAUGUGCUGGUCACCUCCACUGGACAAGCUGGGCAACUCGGUCAGAGGAAUACAGUUCUGCUUGGACCUUGUGGAACUUUUCAACUUCCACAACUACGACAACUUGAGGCACUUCGCCAAGAAGCACGAUCCUCGCAGAGAGGGAGGGGACCAGCGGGUCAAGACUGUCAUCAACCUGCUGUUUGCUGCCUUCACAGGAGACGUCUCCGCCCUGAGGAGGUUUGCGCUGUCGUCCAUGGACAUGGAGCAGAGGGAUUACGACUCCAGAACAGCCCUCCAUGUGGCAGCAGCUGAAGGACACACGGAGGUGGUCCGCUUCCUGCUGGAGGCUUGCAAGGUGAACCCAGUACCCAGAGACAGAUGGGGGAACACGCCGAUGGAGGAGGCGGUGCACUUCGGCCACCACGAUGUCGUCACCAUCCUGCAGCAGUACCAGGACAAAUACAGCCCGCCUGCCGGUUCUGACGACAAGGAGAGAGUGGAGAAGAGCCUGGACAGCCUGCUGUAGACGCGUCGGAGCUUUAAGCUUCUCUGCAGCGGUGAACCGUCGCGCUUUUUGUACAUUAGCUGCCAAACUUCUGAAUUGUGAGCUGAACUUGUGUUUCUCUGUCGCAGCAGUAAUCUUAUUAGCGUGCUAUGCUUUCAGGCCUCUAUCAUAAUGUAAUGUGUGUGUGUAUGUGAGUGUGUGUGUGUGUGUGUGUGUGUGAGCGCCUUAUCAAUACUGUUAAAUUAAUGAUACAAUAUCUAAAUAUCCGUAACACAGUAUGUGACUCAUGUAAUCCGUCUGUACUGUUCAAUCAGAUUGUAUCAACUUGUAUUAGUUUAGUUUUGUUUGUACUGUUCACUACCUGCUAGUAUUUGUGUUAUAAUCUCACCGUAGUAGUUCUGUGAGCUUUGUAAGGUGUGUAGAGAUUAUUACGUAUAUUCUUAUAUGUGUCUCUGAAUGUAUAAAUAUGUAUAAAUACUCGCGUCUAUUGUCAGAACGUCCUCCUGACUGCUGGAGGCAGGAUAUUUGAAGCUUCAGAUCUCCAUCUGAAGUCACUGACAGAUUGUAUUCUGAAUGUAUUUUUCCAGUGGUAACACUCGCAAUAGAAGCAGUUUGUAUUUAUUUCACAGAGACUUUUAAAAGUGUAAAAAAAUUCAUCUAAAAGACGUCAGAUUGUUUCAUUUGUUGUAUUUUUUUUCUUUGUCGGCAUAGUUACAUUUUUCUGUGGGUGUGUUCGUCACCUAAUGUUCAUAAAGCAGAUGUGUUUCCUGCUUUCUUCCCUCCACAUCCUCUUUCUCUUCCCGCCAUGAAUGCCAGCAAGUACAUUUCUUCUUUAUUUUAAAGAUCCAAACAUGUAUUGAGACAUACGGAAAUACUCUGCUCGGAAUAAUAAUGUGUGUCUGAUAUGGUUUUUUUCCACAAAAUAAAGUAUAAACACCACUUUAAAAUCCCUGAAAA